AUGUCUCAACCAGCGUCGCCCUUUCCUACACAUUCCCCCUAUUAUUCAACCCCAACAAUGCCACAUACCACUAUGAAUGCCGAUACACCUCCCCCUCCACCCCCCAAACCCAGCAGCCACGAGGCAAGCCGAGGAGGCACCCCCCAGAACAUGUCCUCCCUACCAGCGCCUCAACAGCCAACAGCCUCCGGCUAUCCGCCCGAUAUUCAGGCUGCAGGAACCCAAGUAACACCAUAUCCUCUACCCACUCCGCUCCCUGCACCACCAACAAUCGAAGAGGGCUGGCUCCCAGAAGUAGUCAAGGACAAGUCAACCCUCGAUCUCCAAUCCAUUCUCAAAGACCCAAACCUUAUUUCCGCACUCUCAAGCCACCAUCCCUCCCACACCGCGCGCCAACAAAACCUCGAAUCCCUGCUCCAAGUAAACAAGGAGCUCGCAACGCGCGUUCUCGAAAUGCAAAACCACGUCGCAGAGCUCCGGGCGUCCACAGAGACCAUGCUCCUCCAACACCAGUCACUCGAAGUCUCCUGGCGCAAAAAGCAAACGGAGAUGGACGCCGCCUUGGCGCCGUGGUCGCCCAAGGCACUAUAUCAACGGUUGAGCGCGGCGAUCGCCGAGCAAGAAGCAGUUUGUCAAGCUGUGGAGGAGAGUUUUUUGGAUGAGGAUCACCAUGGCCGUGCUACAGACAAGGAGAUUGCAGAUUGGGUGCGCCGGGUGAGAGCCGAGGCGUCAAAGUUGGCCUCGAGGAAAGAGGCCAAGGCGCGGUGGGAUGAGGGGAGAGUUGGGGGAUGGCGUUGA